UGUACUGCACCUGCUGUGACUUCGCCCAAGAUGCCUGAGGCAGUGAAGAAGUCAGGCUCUGCCUUCAGCAAGAAGCCUCGGUCGGCGGAGGUGGCCGAGGGCAGCACCGCUGUGUUCGAGGCCGAGACGGAGCGCGCAGGGGUGAAGGUGCGCUGGCAGCGGGACGGCAGUGACAUCAGCGCCAGUGACAAGCACGGCCUGGCCUCCGAGGGCCGGCGGCACACGCUGACGGUGCGAGACGCGGGCCCUGCAGACCAGGGCUCCUACGCGGUCAUCGCAGGCUCCUCCAAGGUCAAAUUUGACCUCAAGGUCGUAGAAGCAGCCAAGGUGGAGACCCCUGCACCGGGCCUGGCUGAGGCCCCCGGAGCCGCAGCCACAGCUCCCGAGUUGGAAGGCGGUGCCCCAGGACAGGAAGGCGAUCGGGCCGGGCAGACUGGGCAGGCACAGGGACCCCCAGGCCCGGACCCAGCCGCCCCGGAUGACCCCAUCGGACUGUUUGUGACGCGCCCGCGGGACGGCGAGGUGACGGUGGGUGGCAGCGUCGCCUUCUCAGCCCGCGUGGCUGGGGACAGCAUCCUGAAGCCGCCCGUUGUCAAGUGGUUCAAGGGCAAGUGGGUGGACCUGGGCAGCAAGGUGGGCCAGCACCUGCAGCUCCGCGACAGCUACGACCGCGCCAGUAAGGUCUACCUGUUUGAGCUGCUCAUCAAUGACGCCCAGAUGUCCUCGGCGGGCGGCUACCGCUGCGAGGUGUCCACCAAGGACAAAUUCGACAGCUGCAACUUCAGCCUCACCGUGCACGAGGCCGUUGGCCCAGGGGACCUGGACCUGCGAUCCGCCUUCCGCCGCACGGAGCGUGGCCGGAGGACCUCGGCGAACCAGGUACCUGUGCCCCUGCGCGUUGCCCGGGAGCCCCCGCCCCACGCCCUUGCAGCCCGGUCGGGGGCCUCACCGGGCAUUCUCUACAGCGACAGCCACGAGGACGCAGGGACCCUGGACUUCAGCUCGCUGCUGAAGAAGAGGCGCGACGACAGGAAGAGCACAGCCUUUCAGAAGCGGCUGGAGCCGGCCUACCAGGUGAGCAAGGGCCACAAAAUCCGGCUGAGCGUGGAGCUGGCCGACCCGGAAGCCGAGGUCAAGUGGCUCAAGAAUGGCCAGGAGAUCCAGAUGAGCGGCAGCAAGUACAUCUUUGAGUCAGUCGGCGCUAAGCGCACCCUGACCAUCACCCAGUGCUCGCUGGCGGACGACGCAGCCUACCAGUGCGUGGUGGGCAGCGAGAAGUGCAGCACGGAGCUCUUCGUCAAAGAACCCCCCGUGCUGGUCACGCGCCCCCUGGAAGACCAGCUGGUGACAGUGGGCCAGCGCGUGGAGUUCGAGUGCGAGGUGUCGGAGGAGGGGGCGCAGGUGAAAUGGCUGAAGGACGGCGUGGAGCUGACCCGGGAGGAGACCUUCAAAUACCGGUUCAAGAAGGAUGGGCGGAGGCACUGCCUGAUCAUCCACGAAGCCGCGCUGGCCGACGCCGGGUUCUACGCGCUGCACACCAGCGGGGGCCGCGGCGUGUGGCUGAAGAACGGCCAGGAGGUGGUGCCCGACGGCCGCGUUAAAGUGUCCCACAUCGGACGGGUCCACAAGCUGAUCAUCGACGAUGUCACACCCGCCGACGAGGCCGACUACAGCUUCGUCCCCGAGGGCUUCGCCUGCAACCUGUCUGCCAAGCUGCACUUCAUGGAGGUCAAGAUUGACUUCGUGCCCAGACAGGAACCUCCCAAGAUCCACCUGGACUGCCCGGGCCGCAUGCCGGACACCAUCGUGGUGGUGGCCGGGAACAAGCUGCGACUGGACGUCCCCAUCUCUGGAGACCCCGCUCCCACCGUGAUCUGGCAGAAGACCCUGUCCCAGGGGAAGAAGGCCCUGGCCGCACCAGCUCCCGAUGCCCCAGAGGACCCAGGUGCUGGCGCCAGUGACGAGUGGGUGUUUGACAAGAAGCUGCUGUGUGAGACCGAGGGCCGGGUCCGGGUGGAGACCACCAAAGACCGUAGCGUCUUCACUGUGGAGGGGGCAGAGAAGGAAGAUGAGGGCGUCUACACUAUCACAGUGAAGAACCCUGCGGGCGAGGAUCAGGUCAACCUCACAGUCAAGGUCAUCGGUGAGGCCAUCUGGGGUCUACAGAGGGGCACGGAAAGCCCACCCAUGUGCUCAUUCAGUCACUCAACAAACACUCAGGGCAAUGGUGCCGAAUGGGACAGGCUUUUCUACCCACAAGGAGCCCCACUGUAUCCCGCUAAAUUGCCCCCGAUGGGCCAUCAUCCUUCUCCGCCUCCCAGGUGCAGGGAAUACAGGGCCUCCGAGGCUUACCGGCAUGCGCCACCAGGCCUCGGCCAGCCAAACUUCCUGGAGGAGCUUGAAAGCCCUCGGGAAGGGGCCAUGGGUCUGGUUCGCACCGUGCGGCCUGUGGAGCGGCCGCGACUCCAGCUGCCGCGGCACCUGCGCCAGACCAUCCAGCGGAAGGUCGGGGAGCCCGUGAACCUCCUCAUUCCCUUCCAGGGGAAGCCCCGGCCUCAGGUGACCUGGACCAAAGAGGAGCAGCCGCUGGGCGAUAGGGACGUGAGCAUCCGCAACAGCCCCUCGGACACCAUCCUGUUCAUCCGGGCUGCCCGCCGCGCGCACUCGGGCAGCUACCAGGUGACCGUGCGCAUCGAGAACAUGGAGGACUCCGCGGCGCUGCUGCUGCAGGUCGUGGACACGCCGAGUCCUCCCCAGGAUCUCCGGGUCACCGAAACCUGGGGGCUCAACGUGGCCCUGGAGUGGAAGCCCCCGGAAGACGAUGGCAACUCCGAGCUCUGGGGCUACUCGGUGCAGAAAGCCGACCGGAAGACCAUGGAGUGGUUCACCGUUCUGGAGCAUUACCGCCGCACCCAGUGCGUGGUGUCUGAGCUCGUCGUGGGCAAUGGCUACUACUUCCGGGUCUUUAGCCACAACAUGGUGGGGCCCAGUGCCCGGGCGGCUGCCACCAAGGAGCCUGUCUUCAUCCCCAAACCAGGCAUCACCUAUGAGCCACCCACAUACAAGGCCCUGGACUUCUCUGAGGCCCCGAGCUUCACCCAGCCCCUGGCAAACCGCUCGGUCAUCGCGGGCUACACCACUGUCCUCUGCUGUGCUGUCCGGGGCAGCCCCAAGCCCAAGAUUUCCUGGUUCAAGAACGGCCUGGACCUGCAGGAAGACGCCCGCUUCCGAAUGUUCAGCAAGCAGGGCGUGUUGACCUUGGAGAUUAGGAAGCCUUGCCCCUUCGAUGGGGGUGUGUACGUCUGCAGGGCCACCAACCUGCAGGGCGAGGCGCAGUGUGAGUGCCGCCUGGAGGUGCGAGUGCCUCAGUGACCAGCUGGCAUCCUGAGUGGCCCAGUAUGUAUUCCAGUCCCCACUGCCCCUGGGCUGCUGUACAUGCCGAGCCCUGGCUCGCUCUCGCUCUCAAAGACGCCUGUGUCCCAGGUAUCGGCAGAUGCGUCCCGUGCUCCGGGAGCCUGGAGGGGCCGUCUUCCUGCCACCCUGGUGUCCUGGGACUCUGCAGAAGGACCUUCGCCGCUGCCCGAGUGGGCCUGGGAACAGGUGGUUGGGGAUGGGCCACACAUCUGUGUCGCAGUAAUAAAGGACCU